UAUGGCUUCUGGUAUGAUCGCCAGAACCAAAGCAUCAAAUACGUCAAGGACAUGUUCAUUAUGGCAGCCAUGGGUCCCCCUGGAGGAGGCCGAACUGCCAUUUCUGGGCGCCUUCAGAGCCGAUUCAACCUGAUUAAUAUGACCUUCCCCUCGGAAUCUCAGAUCAAAAGGAUUUUCGGGACGAUGAUGAGCCAGAAGCUGCAGGAUUUUGAGGAAGAGGUGAAACCAGUUGGGGAUAUAAUUACGCAGGCAACCAUAGAGCUGUAUAACGCAGUUACUCAGAGAUUCCUGCCCACCCCUGCCAAAAUCCAUUACCUGUUUAACCUUAGGGACAUCUCCAAGGUAUUCCAAGGCAUGUUGCGGGCACACCGUGACCUACAUGAUACAAAGCACAGUAUGACCAGGCUGUGGGUACAUGAAUGCUUCAGAGUAUUUUCUGACCGCCUGGUGGAUUCC